AUGGCAGUCGAUGAGAUCAGAAUCAAGAACAAGCAAAAGAGACAAAAGCUCUUUGCGGAGCUGAAGGAUCAGCAGAACAAAGAGCGUCACACUAUGAGAAGGGCGAGAGCUAAGGAAGAGAGGGAAAAUCCCGAACUAAAAGAGAAGAGACUUGCAGAAAAUGUUCCUAACACUAUCGAUAACCUUAGGGUCUAUGAUGAGACCAUGGGUCAAGAUAUUGAAGGUGAAAUGGAUGACCUUAGUAGGUUUUUCAACAACGGUAGUGAACCACCAAAAAUUCUUCUCACCACCAAUGUCAAUGCGAAGAAAAAGGCAUAUGAAUUUGCAAAUGUUCUAAUCGAAGUGUUCCCAAAUGUGACUUUUGUCAAGAGAAAGUUUGGCUACAAAUUAAAGGAGAUAGCUGAGUUUUGUAAUAACAGAAACUACACGGAUAUCGUUAUUAUUAACGAAGACAAAAAGAAGGUAACAGGGCUUACAUUUAUACAUCUUCCCGAUGGUCCUACAUUCUACUUCAAGGUCAGCUCUUACGUCGAAGUUGAGAAAAUUGUUGGCCAUGGUAGACCAACGAGUCAUAUCCCAGAAUUGAUAUUGAACAACUUUAGUACUAGGUUAGGUAAGACUGUGGGUAAACUUUUCCAAUCUAUUUUCCCAAAAAACCCAGACUUUGAAGGUAGACAAGUCAUCACCUUACACAACCAAAGAGAUUACAUCUUUUUCCGCAGACACCGUUACAUAUUUAGGAAUGAAGAAAAAGUAGGUCUUCAAGAACUUGGCCCUCAAUUCACACUAAAACUAAGGAGGUUGCAAAGGGGUAUCAAGGAAGAAACAGAAUGGGAACACAAACCAUCUAUGGACAAAGAGAAGAAGAAAUUCGUUCUAUAG